CAGCCCCCUUGUCCAGCACAGCACUGCUCCCAGCUCCCAGGAUGGAAGUUUGUCACUCUCCAGAGCAAUUCCAUAUCACCUCAUACGCUGCCACAUCUGUGGCUAUAGUGACCCUUGAGGCAUUUGCUGGCAUGUGGAUAAAUGCUUUCAUUGUUUCUGUGAUUUGCAUGGCUUGGGUCAAGAAGAAAACAUUGAACUCUAAUGAGAAGAUCUUGUUGGUUUUGGGAUCCUCCAGGUUUUGGUAUUUGUGCGUUGCAUGGCUAUAUUUCUUUCUUUCAACAAUGUAUCACAAUUACAAAUAUGUUCACCCCAUAUUUCAACUACUUGCAGUUGCUCAUAGAUUUUUUAAUUGUUCUGAAGUUUCUGUGUCAGCCUGUCUUUGUGUCUUUUAUUGUAUAAAAAUUGCCAAUUUUAGGAACAGUUUCUUUAUCUAUCUGAAAGUAAAAAUUGACAGGAUGGUGCCCUGGCUCUUGUUGGGGUCAGUGUUUUUCUCCCUGGUUAUUGGAAUCCUUCUCUUUGAAAUCAUCGAUAAACCUGAAUGUAACAAUUCCACUGGUCUAGAAAAUUUGUGGAAAGUGAAAAUCAAGAUAGAUGAACAUUUUCUUCCUAUUUAUUUUAUCACUGGCUUUGGAUAUGCUGCUUCAUUCGUGGCAGUCAUCCUUUCUGUCCUUCUCCUUCUCUUUUCCCUCUGGAGACACAAAUGCAACAUGCAGACAAACUCCAUGAAGGACCUCAGCAUGGAUGCCCACAUCAAAGCCAUGAAAUCCAUUCUCUCCUUCUUCAUAAUGUACAACAUCAACUUUAUAUCUUUGAUUGUGACAAUAAUUUAUUCAGCGCAGGGGAAAAGUGUCAUGAUGUUUCUUAUUUAUGUAUUUCAGUAUGCUUUUCCAGGUGUUCAUUCCCUGAUUCUGAUUUUCAGCAACCCCAAGUUGAAAAACACACUGCUAAGGAUUCUGCCCUGUGUGAAGUGCAAGGUUUGCAUGAGGUAAGAACUGUAGCAAAAGCUGCAGCCCUAUGCAAAUUGUUGACCUUUCACUAUAGAGGACAAGUCAAUUAAUAUCUAAUAGAACUCUCCUGGCAGCGUAGAUGGUAGAGAUGUUUACUCUUCCCCAUCUAAGUUAAGAAAACUGCAUUCAAAUACUUUGACCUAGA